AUGCCGUCAGGGAAGAUCAGCGGCCAAGAUGUGGAGAAAAGGACCGCAGAGCCUGAAUCCAGGUCGCCGAAUCACUGGUGGGAAGAAGCUGGGAACAUGUUUUGUUUGAGGAAUCUCGGCCUAUUGGCCGUUUUGUCUUUGUUACUCGUGGUGACCAACUUACCACGUGCGCAAAGUUCUCCGCUGGAAUUUGCCCUUCGCGACUCGGACAAACAAGAUGGAUGCCGUCAUGAGUUAGGCCCUGGCAAAUUGGGAGCUGUUGCAAGUGAAAGCGCCCUUUGUUCACGCCAUGGAACCGACAUCCUGGAAAUGGGCGGCAAUGCUGCGGAUGCUUUGGUCGCUACCCAACUUUGUGUUGGCGUUCUUGCCAUGCAACACAGUGGUAUUGGCGGCGGUGGCUUUAUGCUUGUGCGAGCACCGAAUGGGUCCUAUGAGUUCAUUGACUUUCGUGAAACUGCGCCGGCCGCGGCAUUCCAAGACAUGUAUAACAACGACACGGAUGCCUCCAUCUACGGGGGCCUGGCAAGUGGUGUUCCUGGCGAAAUCCGUGGUCUCGAGCAUCUUCACAAAAAUUACGGCUCUCUUCCCUGGUCAACUGUUCUGCAGCCAGCAAUUCGCACCGCCCGUGAAGGCUUCCCGGUCACCAAGGAUUUGGUGAGAUAUAUGGACUCAGCCGUUGGCGAUGGAGAGGAUUUCCUUGUGAAUAAUCCCUCAUGGGCCCUGGACUUUGCGCCAAACGGAACUCGACUGGGAUUGGGAGAUAUAAUGACUCGGAGGCGGUUAGCCGACACCCUUGAAACCAUUGCGGAGAGAGGGCCUGAUGCUUUUUAUAACGGUCCAAUGGCGGAGGCUAUGAUUAAUGCUCUGCAGGCGGCAAAUGGAACGAUGGUUUUGGAAGAUCUGAGCAAUUAUACCGUCGCUAUCCGCGAACCUGCGCAAAUCGAAUACCGUGGAUACACUGUCACUAGCACGACGGCGCCUUCGAGUGGGAUUGUUGCGCUCAGCAUUCUGAAGGUCCUUGAUACUUACAAGGAUUUCUUCUCAUCAGAGAAGGACGUGAAUCUGAGCACCCACCGAAUGGAUGAGGCGAUGCGGUUCGGCUAUGGCCAGAGAGCCGAGCUGGGCGAUCCACGUUUCGUGAAAGGAGUUGACGAGUAUCAAAAGGAUAUGCUCAAGAAGUCUACCAUUGCCGAGAUCCGAUCCAAAAUUUCCGACAAACAUACCCUCAAUGUAUCUGCUUACGAUCCUUCCGGUCUUGAAAGCUUGGACACACCUGGUACUUCCCAUCUCGCCGCGGCUGAUCAUACUGGUAUGGCCAUUUCUGUAAUCACCACUGUCAACCUUCUCUUCGGUAGCCGCGUCAUGGUUCCGGAGACAGGUAUCAUCAUGAACAACGAGAUGAAUGAUUUCUCUAUCCCCAACUCAUCCAACGAAUUCGGAUACAUCCCGUCCAAGGCGAACUACAUUCGACCUGGAAAGAGACCUCUGUCAUCUAUCACACCCGCGAUAGUCACUCGCCCAGAUGGGUCGCUCUUCUUGGUCACUGGUGCAGAGGGAGGCAGUCGAAUCAUCACGGCAACCGUGCAAACCGCCAUCCACGUUAUCGACCAGGGCCUGGCAGCGGCGGAAGCUCUCGCCCAGCCUCGUCUCCACGAUCAACUGAUUCCGAACCAGGUCACUUUCGAGUAUGCCUAUGACAACUCCACCGUCGCCUUCAUGAAGAGCCUUGGACACAACGUCACGUGGGUUGCUCCUGGUCGGAGUGGCUGUCAGGCAAUCCGCGUCCUGCCAAAUGGUACUUUUGAUGCCGCGGGUGAACCGCGACUGCUCAAUUCGGCCGGUUAUUCUGUAUAG